CUGGCCGCCUCUUGGCGAGCGCGCCACUCUCCCGUCGCCGCUGACCCGCGCGCGGCCGCCGAAGCCUCCCCGCGGGGACAUUCAUUCUUGGCUCUUGCCUGUCGCCGGGCCGGGCGUACGCGCUACGUUGUCGGGGGUUUUGUCCCUUUUUUCCUUUUUUUUUUUCCUUCUCCCCCCCCUUUUUUUGGCUUUUUUUUUUUUUUUUCCUUUCUGUUGUUGUUGUUGUUCUUGCCUAUGUUCGGGAAACCAGACAAAAUGGACGUUCGGUGCCACUCGGACGCCGAGGCUGCCCGGGUCUCGAAGAACGCGCACAAGGAGAGUCGGGAGAGCAAGGGCGCAGAGGGGAACCUCCCAGCCGCCUUCCUCAAGGAGCCGCAGGGCGCCUUCUCAGCGUCGGGCGGUGCUGAGGAUUGUAACAAAAGUAAAUCCAAUUCCGCAGCCGACCCUGAUUACUGCCGCCGGAUCCUGGUCCGAGAUGCCAAGGGGUCCAUCCGAGAGAUCAUCCUGCCCAAGGGCCUGGACCUGGACCGGCCUAAGAGGACGCGCACGUCCUUCACCGCGGAGCAGCUCUAUCGGCUGGAGAUGGAGUUCCAGCGCUGCCAGUACGUGGUGGGCCGUGAGAGGACCGAGCUCGCCCGGCAGCUUAACCUCUCCGAGACCCAGGUGAAGGUCUGGUUCCAGAACCGGCGCACCAAGCAGAAGAAGGACCAGGGCAAGGACUCGGAGCUACGCUCGGUGGUGUCGGAGACCGCGGCCACGUGCAGCGUGCUACGGCUGCUGGAGCAGGGCCGCCUGUUGUCGCCGCCCGGCCUGCCUGCGCUGCUGCCGCCUUGCGCCACGGGCGCUCUCGGCUCAGCGCUGCGCGGGUCAAGCCUGCCGGCUGGCACGGGCGCCGCUGCCGGCUCGGCCGCCGCAGCCGCCGCCGCCGGCCAGCGGCGCCGCGUCCGCACCCCCGCUGUGGGCGGUGCUCCAGGCCCCGGGCCCGCCGGGCCGGGGGGACUGCACGCGGGCGCCCCGGCCGCGGGCCACAGCCUCUUCAGCCUGCCGGUGCCCUCGCUGCUCGGCUCCGUCGCCAGCCGCCUGUCCUCCGCCCCGUUAACAAUGGCUGGUUCGCUAGCUGGGAAUUUGCAAGAACUCUCCGCCCGAUAUCUGAGCUCCUCGGCCUUCGAGCCUUACUCCCGGACCAACAAUAAAGAAGGGGCCGAGAAAAAAGCGCUGGACUGAUUUUAAGUGUUUCCCUGUAUUUAUAUUUAUACUAUCUAUUGUGGUGAUAUUUAUGGACUCACGCGCGUUAGGUGCCCAGAGCUCCUGCGCUGGGCUCCUGGCUCCCACCAGGCCUCUGACAGCUCUCCUUUCCCACCCAGGCUCUGCUACCAAUUUUAUCUCAUUCGGGCUACUUUUUUUUUCUCCCUUUCCUCCGAGAUUCCUCCCCAACCCCCAACUUCCUUCUGAAUCCAGGAGCGAUCCAAAGAAUUGGGAAAAAUGCCCGAGUUAGUCAACCUGAUGCCCUGACCCCGUGCCCAGCCCAGGAGGGAAAAGACUGGUUCUAAGUCCAAAGCAUAGGGCGUUUGCUCUAGAUCCGCGGCUGCUGCCGCUGCCGACUAUUCCUAGGAAUAUUUGAAAGAGGAAAACUGCGCGCAGACCCCAGGGGCUUCCAGGUUUCUUUAGACCAAAAAGGGAGGACGUUCCUUCCUCUUGCCAGAGAAACCAGGGCUUGUGGGAGCCCCUGGGCCCCGCUUUGCGGAUCUCUCGGGAUAGUCGAUACAGAACACAGCUUCCUGGCGGGACAAAUCCUGCGGUUUUUCCCCCCUUUAGGGCAACUCCAAUCACAACCACCCCGGACCCCAGGAAACAGUAACAAACGUCCUGGUAGGCAACGACACUAAUAAAUUUGAUCUAAUCAGCAAUAAAAGCAAUUGCUACGUAAAACCAGAUGAAGUGGAACCAGUUUUUAAAUACUCGUAAUGAUGAAGUUUGGAAGGUGUAAGAAAAUUCAGGAUAGAGAAUGCCCCACAGGGCAAUGCAAAAUUAAGGUUCUGGGUAUUGUAACCUUAAACAGGAAUUUAACGGGGGAAAAGCAAAGGAAAACCCAACGCCGCUAAUCAAAGAAAACUCAGAAUCUUUUCUCCGAGGCUGUUCGGGGCGGUGGCCGACAGCUUCUCCCUCCUCCAGGAAAGAGCAAAGCGGCUGCCGGCGGUAGUCUGGGCGCCGGCGCUUCACCCUACGGCCUCCCAGGAGCGUAGCUUUGGGCACAAUCGCUCGGCUUGGAAAACGAGUCAGCACUCAUUGCCUCUUCUCCCAAACUCCCGGAUUCACAAAUCCUUUCCUGCACGCAGGAAACGGCUGGAUUUCUGAGCAGUUCUUUGCGGAAGGGGAGACAGGGACGCCGCUGGGCGGUCGGGCCUCCUCUAGCAGUAGUCUCAGAGUCCAGACAGCGUCUUGUGUGAUUGAUAGGAAAGACACUCCCCUCGCCUCCCCAGUCUUAGGGUUUCAGUGGUCCCAAAUCAGAACACGAACCGCGACACCCUCUUUCCUUACCCUGCGCAGCAGCGAUCGUCCCUACAGCCACGGCCACCCACAUUUUAACCAAAUUCACAGACCCAGACUGCGAGGUGCCGCAGUAUCUAGAAUGUAUUCGUCCAUCUGAAGCAAGCGAAAGGCAUUUUUUAAAAUAGUAAUUUUAUUGUAAAUUAUUUACGUCGGAAACUCCCCCCUCUUUUUCAUCUUUUUUUUUUUCUAGGCAAAUAGUGAAGAAAAUAAUGAACGAUUCAAACGCGGGUAGGUGUCACUGAAUCCAGGCUACUAACUUUGUUCUGAAUGUUUUGGAUAUUUGGAUGUUUUGUAUUUAUGUGGUGAGAGUGAAAUAUAUAUAUCUAUGAUGAUAAAUGAGGUGUAUUUUUGUCUUGUAUUUGAAGGAUAAAAAAACAAAAGAAGAAAAGGAAGAAAGAGCCAGCAAAUGAUGAGUCUCGGCGUGGGGACUCCGGGGG